CAACGCCCGUUUCUCAACGUCACCUUCCAGCGCUCUGGGCUUCCAGAAGCCACGUGACUCGAACUGCUUCGGGCGCGGCGGGAGAAAAGCUGCCUGGCUUUCGCAAGAGUCAAAUCAGAAUCCUAAAUCAAAGCUUCUUUUCCAUUCGCUAUUUUUCAAUUUCACUGAAUUUUCGAAAAUCAGAUAGAAUAUUCUUACCGCGGAAUCAGUCGCGUGACUUCAGCACGUGUGAUACUUUUUUAACGAACCAUCGCCGGUGUGAGAUAUGAAAAUGAAACGACAUUAAUCGCUGAGAAGUAAGACGGGAUCGCAUCGAGUGUGUGUCGCGAAAGUGAGAAAUGGAAGGGUUGAAAAAUGAUCAGUGAAGUUCGGUGCGGGGAGGAUAUACUUAGAGGGUUUUUCGCGACGUAGUGUAAUCGUCAAGUACCGCAAAGCAUGUGACAAUGCGUCGGAGAAGGUACUGCAACCUUCUGACCUUCGCUAUGGUGUUGCUCAUUUUUGUCGGACGCAGCGACGGCUAUCUGAACAUCUUCAUCAGCAAAGCUCAGGUCAUGAAACUCCUCGGACUCACUGCGGAGCUGUUCUACGUCCGAGAAGGGGUGGUCAACACUUAUGCUAUGAACUUUGUCGUCCCAGUCCCGGCCAAUAUGGCUGACCUGGAGUUUUCUUGGCAGAGCCUCGUUGGACACCCUCUUCCCUACUCCAUGCAGCUCGACUACGAAGUCGUCGGGACGCCGGGUCGAGGCAAUACCGGGAUGACGGCUCUACUACCACCGAGGGUGAACGUCUCGGCCCAGGGAGAAGUUCCGGUCAAGCUUCAGGUGUUCAGGAUACGUUUGCCCUGUUCCGGAGACGCCAGUGCCGAGAUUCCGUUGGUCUUAAGGCUGAACGUCACAGCGCCACCUGGAACCCGAUACAACGACACUGUUUUACUCUUCAGACGCAAUAAAAUUUGUCUCAAAGGUGUGGAAGCCCCACUGAAGAACAAUUCAGUGAAGCUGGAAGCUGGCUCCCUGGUAACUGGCAGCGGAACACUCUACGUGGCAGCGGCUUGUGCCUGCGCCCUGGUUCUCGUCGUUGCAAGCGUGGUCAGUGCCCUAUACAUCAGGAACAGCAAGGCCAGGGUUCAAGAGUCACAGAAAACGCUGCCGUGCUGCAGCUACACAGCAGCUACUACCGGAGGUCUGACCGGGAGUUCGGUCCUCGUAAGGGUGGACACUCGCCCCGGAAGUGCGAACUCCGGAAGCUACGCGACCAUCGCCGACUUGGAGCCACUUUACGCUAGACCCUGUGGGUCAAGGGCGAGUUAUUACGCUGCCAGUCACGUGACACAUCUCAGUCAGGCAACGGAUCCGUGUGACAAGGCGAAAGCUCUCGCCGUUCCCAGGUCAGCUUUGUACUGUCGAAACCUUGCCCAGGUCGGGACCUUCGGCCAGGUUUUCAAGGGAACACUGGAAUUGGCUGGACGAGAUCAAGAAGUGAUCAUUAAGACUGUCACAGAGGUGGCAUCCGCCUAUCAGGCUUCCCUCCUCGUCGUCGAAGGAUCACAGCUCGCCGGUCUCGUUCACGCCAACAUUGCUUCGCUGGCCGCGGCCUGCCUCGACAGUCCGUGCCCACUUCUGGCCUAUAACUCGACGCCAAACGAGCUUAACCUGAAGCUCUACUUGACGGAUGGCCGAUAUCAUCCCGUCGCUAGGGACCUCGUCCACGUCGGUGCUCAAGUCGCAAGGGCAGGAGCUUUCUUGCAUGGGCGGGGACUCUUGCAUAGGGAUAUCGCGGCGAGAAACUGCCUCAUAGAACCGGUCAGCCUUCGCGUCAGGCUUGCCGACGCUGCUUUGGCACGGGAUCUUUUCCCUCAGGACUACCACUGUUUGGGCGACAAUGAAAAUCGACCCAUUCGGUGGAUGGCCCUUGAAACUCUCAUCUAUAAUCAGUUCAGCACAGCCACCGAUGUGUGGGCUUUCGGCGUUCUCUUGUGGGAGCUGGCGACGAUGGGUCAGCAGCCGUACCUCGAGGUGGAUCCCUUCGAGAUGACGGCGUGCCUGAGGGACGGCUACAGGCUGGCCCAGCCGAGGCCUUGCGCCGACGAGCUUUUCGCGGUGAUGACGGUCUGCUGGCUCGGACUUCCGAGGGACAGGCCGACGAUGCCGCAGCUCCUCGCCUACCUCCAGGAGUUCCACGACGCGCUCGGUGGUUUCAUUUAGGAUUCGCGGACACCGAGAGUCCGACCGACGGACACCGCUCUCGUCAAUCGACGGUCGACGAAUCUGUUUUCCCGACGAGCGAGCAGCCGAGCGGAUUUCGGCCUUGCCCCGCUUCAGGACGCGGUGUGUCAACGCCUUACGAAAUCUUAUCGCCGAGAUUACGGAAAAGGUCAAGAGAUGCGGGAGAGAGACAAAAGCCUCGAAAGCAGAGAGACGGACGGACACUCGGGGCGAUUGCCAUCGCCAAGAAAGAAUGGUAAAAUGCUGUCCCGGAUCAAAUCUAUCGAGGUGAUAUAACGGUGGCUGUUCUAAUACUCGUACGUCGCGGCUGAAUCAAAGUCAUUCGACCCGCGAUGGUGUUGCACGAGCAUUUUUUUAGCAACAAGUUUAACAAUCAGGGUCCAAGAAAGAAAAUUAUCCUGAACGGAUUGAUGAAACGAGAGAUUUCGAGUUCGUCACUGUGACUCUCCACUUAUUCUGAGAUCGUCAUUGUUACGUACGAAUAUGUAGGUAUGUUAUGUAUUGUAUACAGGUGUAAAAUAUAUUAGUGUAUAUAACAUGGGAUUUUGAAACGCCGAAGUAAACGUUGAAAGUAUAUACAGUAAAGGAGAAUAAGUCAGGAACGCGUAAUCAAACUCCAGAAGAGAAAAAACGAAAGUCUGAAAUAAAACACAUUGUUGCACGGAAUUGAAAUCGAUCGCUCAAUUAAUAAUCAUCUCUUACUUUUACACUGAAAAACUUUCGGUGAGAUUUGGCAGGUUUAAGGGAUGAUUGCUAAUUGGGUUUUUAAAUAAAAUUAAAACCCACUGUACUUCAAACCUUCCGAACUAUUCAAUCAUAUACGAAUCAGGGCUGUAAUAUACAAAUGGCACGAGCAAAAAAAAAAUUCAUCACUGCCACGUUACAGAUGUGCCUGAAAAUUUUUACCAGUCUUAUAACAAAUAGAAGAAAAAACAACACUUCAUCUUGUAAACUUUAGCGAAAAUUUUUCCAAGUCGCAAAUGUAUGUAUCGAAAACUGGAAAAUUUCUUAAUGCUAAAGUCUAAUGCUCAAUUGCAGAUCACCAGUUUUUAAACCCGCCCUAUUAAGUUUGUUCGGCCACUAUAUCCAAUCUCACGGUACUUUACAGCCCUUCUGACAAUUAUCUACUAUCUAUUUCACUUGAAUCUACGUAGGUAAAAAAGAGAAAGAGAACAAUAUAAAAAAAAAAAAUUAAAAAAAAAGAUAGCAUGUAUAAUGUAAUUUCUUAAGUGUACUCGAUGUAUAAA